AGGGUUGAGUCCAAACAAUCUUCACACCGUCUGCAGAACUCCAGGAUGUUUAGAAGCAGCCAAACAGAUACAAUACAACAUGGACCCAUCAGUAGACCCUUGCCAGGACUUCUACAAGUUUGCUUGUGGAGGGUUUAUAAACAAAACUACAAUCCCACCAGAUAGGGAAAUGUGGACAUCAACAUCAGAUCUGGAGAUGAAGAUACUGAGAAGGAUCCAGGCAGAGUUUAACUCUACGUCAGCAUUAAAAGGGAAACCUAGGUGUUACCAGCUAGCCAAUACAUUCUACAGAGCCUGCAUGGACAUUGAGGCCGUAGAGGACCAGGACCUUGAUGACAUGAAGGUGAGGCUAGAGCAGCUGGGAGGGUGGCCUGUGAUGGACGACCACGGUGUCUGGGACCCUGACAACUUCCACUGGACCAACAUGACAGUGUGGCUAGCCCAGAGGGGCUGGUGCUGGGACAUGGUGGUGGAUGUGGCUGUGGCUCUGGUGGCAAAUGAUACUUCCAGGUAUCAGCUAGAGCUGUCCCAGCCAGUCCUAGGCAUCCCACGUGAGUACCUGGUGCAAGGUCUUGAGGACGACGUGGUGCUGGCCUACUAUGAGAUGAUGGUGGAGGUGGCAGUACAGUUUGGAGUCCCCUUCCACUACGCCAAGGAGGACAUGAGCGAUGUACUCAUGCUAGAGAUGGAGUUGGCUAAGAUUUCAGUGCCACAAGAGGAGAUGAGAGACCACUUCCAGCUUUACAACCCCUUCACUCUAAAACAAAUGGAUGCCAGGUUCCCUUACGCUAACUGGAGCAUGCUCAUACCUGCCUGUCUCAAACGGUAUGUUACAAUCACACCUAAUGAAGUGGUCAACGUUGCAGUUCCAUCAUUCUUUGAACAUCUUGGAGAACUACUUGAGAGAGUUGACAAAAGGAUCGUCGCCAACUACAUGUUGUGGCACAUUGUGUACGAGAGCAUGCCCUACCUUACCACUCGAGUGUCUCGUCUGCGUCUAGUGUUGAUGACUGCACUCACUGGUGCCACCAAGCUCAAGCCCAGAUGGGAGUUUUGUGUCAAUAAUCUGAUUGACAGGUUUGAACAUGUUGUUGGAGCUGCGUAUGUAAAGAAGUAUGUUUCUAGAGACAUGAAACCAGCUGUGACGAGAAUGGUAGGAGUGAUUCAUCAACAGUUCCAGAAACUUAUCACAGAAGUGCCUUGGAUGGACGAGCGAACAAGACGAAGAGCAAAAAAGAAAGCAGAUAGUAUAUUCUACCAUAUUGGAUACCCAGAUGAACUUCUUGAUGAUAGAGUGCUAGAGGAAUAUUAUGAAAAGGUGGAUGUGUCAGCAGACCUGUUGUCGUCUGUGCUGAGUCUGCAAGACUGGGAGAGUCACAAAGCACUCAGUCUGCUGAGGUCAGAGGUCAACAAGACCAGGUGGGACGCUCACUGUGAGGUCACUGAGGUCAAUGCAUUCUACCUGGACGACCACAACGCUGUAGAGAUCCCCGCUGGUAUUCUACAAUAUAUGUUCUACUCUCCUGAUAGACCCGACAGUCUCAACUACGGAGGCCUGGGUGCUGUGAUGGCUCAUGAGCUCAUACACUCUGUUGAUGAUGAGGGCAAGCAGUACGAUGACAGAGGCAACCUGAACCAAUGGUGGGAUGAGGAGACUGACCGUCAGUUCAAUCUAAGAGCUGCAGACAUCGUCUCAGAGUACUCCAACUGCACUGUCAAAGAGGUCAACAUGACGCUAAAGGGAGUCAACGUGCAAGGAGAGAUGAUAGCAGAUCAUGGAGCUCUGAAGCUGGCUUACAACGCUUAUCUCAGCUCCCGAAGUGGCAACACUGGUGACGAGAGAUUGGCAACACUGGAGCAAUUCUCUUCCGACCAGCUGUUCUGGUUAGCAGCAGCUACCAGCUGGUGUAGUGUGGAGCGUGUCGAGAGUGUGAAGGCGAGUGUGAUGGUGGAUGUUCAUCCCCCGGCCAGUGUGAGAAUCAACGGACCACUGAGACACUCCGAAACCUUCAGCAAGGACUGGCAAUGUGCCUCACACACCUACAUGAACUCACCCUACAAGUACAACGUUUGGUAGAACUGUAAAUCAGGAUUUCAUACAUA